UGAUUGCCAUUGGUGAUAGCAUUCCAGGUUGGCGACACAUGAACACAUCUCAUCAGGAGUUGUUGCUUUGCUAUUACGGCCGUGUCGGUUCCUCUUUAUUCUUUUGUACCCAAUUAAAAUACAUUCCACUUCCCAGCUUGAUCUUCUCUAUUCAUAUGUUGAACUUUGAAUUUGUUUACUUUUGAAAGCUUCCGCCUGCUCAUUAAUUUUGGAUUUAGAAGAUGAACAUUGAUAGGAGGGAGGGAGGAAGAUCAUAUAUGAACAGGGUUAUGCUGAUUGAUAGCUGGUAUUGUAGCGUGAAGAAAUGGAAUUCAUGAAGAUUAGUGUGUGAAUUAUGAUCUUUAUCAUCAAAAGAAGCUUAAGACUCAGAAAGGAAGAUGGAAGUGGUUUUUAUUUGAUUCUGUUAUCUCAUUUCUACCUGUCUCUCUGCUCUCCCCUACUCGGGUUUACUUGAUUGAUACAGAGCAGAAUCAUUUCUACAAAGUAAGAACUUUAGAGCACGGUUGCGAUCUAUUCUGGGCUCCUUUUUCUUUCACGGUUAGGUUGCUUUGUGAUCUGGGCUUCUUCUACUUUCUCCUGUAACCCACGAAAAGAAUCUGUAGAUAUAGGGGAUAGGGAAGAAGAAGAAGAAGAAGAAACAGCCGCAGCAGAAGAAGAAGAAGAAGCAAAAGGAGGAGGAGGAGGAGGACAAGAAGAAUAGAGAGGGAAUGGGGCAUCCACCGUCGCAUGACAAUAUUCUGCCUAAGAGAAUAAUCCUAGUGAGGCACGGAGAGAGCCAAGGCAAUCUUGACGGCGCCGCCUACACCACCACCCCAGAUAACCAGAUCCCACUCACCCCUCACGGCAUCGAACAAGCCCGACUCGCCGGCGAACGCAUCCAUCAAUUUGUCUCCGACGGUGGCGUCUCCCAAAACUGGAAGGUCUAUUUCUACGUAUCACCCUACCGAAGGACCCGUUCCACACUCCGCGAGAUCGGCAGAUCCUUCCCCAGGAAUCGAAUUCUCGGGGUUCGAGAGGAAUGCAGGAUUAGGGAACAAGAUUUCGGAAAUUUCCAAGUGGAGGAACGGAUGAAAGCCACUAAAUCCGCCCGCGAGAGGUUCGGCCGCUUCUUCUUCCGCUUUCCCGAGGGCGAAUCCGCCGCCGAUGUCUUCGACCGCCUCUCCAGUUUCUUAGAAUCGUUGUGGAGGGACAUAGACAUGAAGAGGAUUGUUCACCAUCAACGCUGCGAUGAAGAGAUAAACCUAAUCAUUGUAUCGCACGGGCUGGCGUUGCGGGUUUUCCUAAUGAAAUGGUUCAAGUGGACUGUGGAGCAAUUCGAGAAUCUAAACAAUUUCAACAACUGCGAAUGCCGGGUUAUUCAAUUGGGUUCCGGUGGAGAGUACAGUCUCGCCAUUAAUCAUUCCGAGGAAGAAUUCAUCCAAUGGGGACUUUCACCGGAAAUGAUCGCCGACCAGAAGUGGCGGGCCAAAGCCAACAAGGGGGAUUGGAAUGACAAGUGCUCCUGGUACCUUGACACCUUCUUCGAUCAUCUUCCCUGUAACUCCGACUCCGACGAUAAUGGUAAUGCCCCCUCCGACCAAAAUGGGGAAAAGGAAAACAACGCCGCCCCUGCUGCUCCUCAGUGCCGAUGACUAACCAUUCUUUUCUGACAUUUAUUGAUUAAGUUAAUCUCUACUUGACUGAUUGUAGUUAAGCAAAACACAAAAAUCAAAUUGGAAGUAAAAGCAACAACAUAUACAGAAAUUAGAUUGUAAGUUUCUCUCUACUGAUCUGUAAUAUAUUUGCUUUUAGAAUGAUUUCUACAAA